CGACGAUGAGAAGAAGCCAGCUAUCAACACCUAUCCAAACUGCCCAGGUCCCAACACCACGAUCCGUUAAGAACGGAUUGCCAACCAACCUCUUGAAAUGCACCGGUAACCCUCCACUGUACUUUGCUAUUGGCACAAGGUGAUCACUCAUAUCAAGAUGAAAGACCGGCUGCGGUUAUUCCCGCUGGUGGCUAUUUGUAUGUUUGCCCACUCUGUAGCUAGCUAUUCUCCAACGCCGCAUACCGAACUAACAACCGCUACAGUUUUUUUUCAACUACUCCACAUAGCAUAUGCCCUUCAAAACGCCGGUAAUGACCAGGUAGAAUCGGCCGAACGGCAUACGAAACAUACUAUACCGGUUCAGGCUGCUCCCGAGGACUUCCAGCAACCACUCCACGAUGGGGACGAGACUUUGAAGAAAUCUGAUGGUAGGCAUACGAACAAUAGUGUCCUCGGAGUUAUGCUAAUGAUCAGUAGGCGCAGAGCAAGUUCAAAAAGCCCUCGCAUCCCUCCGCAGAUUCGAGCGAACGAAUCCACGACCAAAACGGAAGACGUUGGGAAUUACAGGAACAAUCACACAAUAUGUUUGGGCUAUGCUCCCCAAAAUAUCGGCCCAGGGGCCAUCUUCUGCUGGAACAGAGGGGACACAGCCUAGCAAAGAAUUGCCGUAUCCAGUAGCAGAAGCUGUGAAGCUGCUGGAAGAGGCAGCAGAUAUCAAGAACUCGGAUGCGAUGUUUCUUUUGGCCCAGAUGAACUUUUACGGCAAUUUUUCAUAUCCUAGAAAUUAUUCAGAGGCAUUUAGGAGAUACUCCCAGCUUGCCUCGUUGAACGGAAAUAGCUCCGCGCAGCACAUGGUAGGAUUCAUGUAUGCUACGGGCAUAGGAGGAGCUGUACCACGAGACCAGGCGAAAGCCCUUCUAUACCACACUUUUGCGGCCGCAGGAGGGAAUGUCAGGUCCGAGAUGACCGUGGCGCAUCGUCAUCAUAGUGGCAUUGGAACAGUACGGAAUUGUGAAUCUGCGGUUAAGCACUACAAGAAUGUCGCAGACAAAGCCGUCGAGUGGUACAGGUCAGGGCCUCCAGGUGGCAUGGCUUGGGUUGCGGAUUCCUAUCGACUCGCAGAUGAAGAUGGCGGGGUUUAUGGAGAGGGCGCUAGCUUUUCGAGUUCCGGCUCGAAUGCGAACAAACAGGGACCUAGCUCUGAUGCUCACGCUGCGCUGGAUGACGUUCUGGAAUAUCUGGAUUUGAUGUCGAGGAAAGGAGAUUUCAAGGCUACUUUUAGUCUUGGGCGUAUACAUUACGAUGGCCAGAAAGGGCUACCACGGAAUCUAAAGAGCGCAAGAUUGUAUUUCAUGAGAGUGGCUAGAUUGUAUUGGCAAAAGGAUGGGCGAGCAAUUGAGUCCGACAAAAUGGAACUGGAGAAAAUUGCUUCGAAAGCCGCCGGAUACCUUGGUCGAAUGUUCUUGCGUGGUGAGGGAUUGGAUCAGAAUUUCGAAAAGGCGAAUACUUGGUUCCAGCGCGGCAUCAAAAGUGGUGAUGCUGGUUCUCAGUAUUUCUCUGGUGUCAUGUAUCUUGACGGUUUGGGAGUCCCAAAGAAUAUACCCAAGGCAACCGAAUUGUUCAAAGCUUCGGCGAAGCAAGAUUACGCACCUGCAAUGGUUGCUAUGGGCGCGUUGCAUCUCGACCAAGGUGGACCGGAGGACAUGCAAGUUGCAAAUCGCUAUUUUGAACUGGCUGCACGCUAUGGCAAUAUCGAGUCUCUUUAUUACCUUGGAGAAAUGAUCAACCUGGGAAUUGGAAGAGAUCGCAGUUGUGGUUUGGCGACAGCUUAUUAUAAAAGUGUUGCCGAGAAGGCCGAACCCCUUGUAUCAUCUUUUGCUGAAGCAAAUUUUGAAUACGAAAAAGGAGACAUGGAAUUGGCUUUGCUCGAUUACAUAUUCGCUGCAGAACAGGGAUACGAAAAGGGCCAAGCUAACGUAGCAUACCUUCUCGACCAACAGAAAUCGAAAUGGGAUCUGCCAACUUGGUUAACCAUGACAGCGCCGCGAGCCUCAUUCCUACAAAACUCAGCUCUUGCUCUGAUUUACUGGACCCGUUCAGCAAAGCAGACCAACAUCGACUCCAUGGUCAAAAUGGGCGAUUACUAUCUCCAUGGCAUUGGGACGCAUUCCGAUAUGGAGAAAGCCGCGGCAUGUUACACUGCAGCAUCUGAGUUCCACCAAAGUGCCCAGGCCCUGUUCAAUCUAGGCUGGAUGCAUGAAAAUGGGGUUGGCCUGGAUCAGGACUUCCAUCUCGCUAAGCGGUACUACGAUCACGCUUUAGAGACCAACGACGAGGCGUAUUUGCCAGUCACGUUAAGCUUAUUCAAGCUUCGUUUUAGAAGUGCUUGGAAUACAUUCACUCAUGGCAGAGUGAACUCCAUACAAGAUGAACCAGGUAAGUGGAUGCGCACCCUUUACUCUAUGUAUCCGUAACAGAAUCUAACGUAUCGUAGCUCCUAAGAAGCAAUGGUCCUUUUCUGAGUGGAUCGCCAAUUUUCUCCAAGAUGAUCAUCCCUAUUACAAUGACGACUACGAUGAUAGUAAUUUUCUCUCUGAUACUGAUCCCAUGCCCGGAGGAGAUGUGGAUGGAUUCUACGAAGAUACCAUUGCCGAGUUAGAUGGGCUUUUGGAAAGUCUGAUUGUUGUUGGGCUUGUUGCUUCGUUGGUGUUCCUCAUUUAUUACCGGAAUCAACAUCAGCAGGCCCACCGACAGGGUGAAGCUGCACGAGUGCAGGCGGGUGCUGGCCCUGCAAAUGGAGCAGCACAGGAGCAGCAGGAAGAUAGAGGGCUUUUCCCACAACCUGGGGACCCGGAAUUUGGGCAGUGGGCUGCGGGUGGUGUAGGGCAUUAG